UAACUGAACCUGGUUCUUUCCAGAAAAACAAGUUGCCUACAACAAACCCUGGGGAAGAGAAGCAAAGGAGACUUAGCCACUGGCAGAACAAACAUGAAUCUGAUGACUUCAGAACGCCCCACGGCCAAUUCUGUGUUUGUGAUGGCAUCCCACCAUGGGUAUCCUAUGAACCCCGGAAGCAUGUCUCAGGUGCCCCUGUAUCCACUCAACCAACCCCAAGUCCACCAAAUUUCUGGGAACCAACCUGGUUUGGAGCCGCCUGUGCCCAUGCAACCUGCCCAGAGAUCCUUAAAAGAGGGCAAAGUUUUAGGGGCCAUCCAGAUCCUGAUCGGCCUGAUACACAUUGGCCUUGGCAGUGUCAUAGGCACCAUCGUUCUCUGGUACUACACCGCUAUCUCAUUCUAUGGAGGCUAUCCCUUCUGGGGAGGCAUCUUGUUCAUCAUUUCAGGAUCCUUCUCAGUGACAUCAGAACAGCUACCAAGAUCUUCUUGCCUGCUGAAGGGUAGCAUGGGCUUGAGUAUCGCCAGUGCAAUCUGCUCUCUGGUCGGAAUCAUGCUCCUCAUCACAGAUAUGGCUAUCAACAACCUGCAUAGCUCCUUCAACUCCUAUCCCUGCAGUGGCAUGGUCUCUGGAGUGACUACUUCUGCUGUGCUGUUCAUCUUUAGCCUCUUGGAGUUCUGCAUUGCCUGCACAUCUGCCCACUUUGGUUGCAAACUAUUCUGCUAUUCACAUGACAACGGCACUGUGGUCUUUCAAACUGUCUAUGUGACAAACCCAGUGGCCAAUCCAGAACCAGUGAACUCACCACCGUCUUAUUCCAGUGAGGUCCAGGAUUCCAAAUAAGCCAAAGGUUCUAGAAGCGUCGUUCCCUGGAACCAAAAUAGAACUCCCUUUCUGGGCUUCUGAAACUCAGCUUUUUUUUCCCCCUGACAAACUAAGGAAUGUGUCUCUCCAACUGUUGGCACCUUGGACUUCAUUCACUUCAGCUUGGUUAAUCAUGCUGUUCCUCCAUUUAAACGGAGACAGGACUUUAAAGUGAAUUUUAGCAAAGAGGUCCUCCCUAGGACAUCCACCUGUGGGAUGUCUAGUGCAGAUAUUCAUGUGUUUACCUGUGUGAGCUCAUGAGCUAAUGGAACAAGUGUCUAGACGUCACAAGCUUCAUUCUCCCAAUCACUGUCACUGAAUAAAAGUGCACUGAGCAUUU